AUGACAACAAUUACUAAAACUGUUGAAGUUAAUAAAAUAAUUAAAGAACAAUAUCUGUCAGCAGAUGUUGAAGAGGUACAAAAAUUAAAUGAAGAAGCUAAAUUAAAAACAUUUAAAUCUCGAAUUGUAUGGAGAAAUGUUUUUUUAUUUGGAUUAUUACAUGCUGCAGCUUUAUUAGGUGCAUAUCAUUUACUAUUUUGUGUUAAAUGGUAUACAGUUAUUUGGACAUUUACAUGUUGGAUACUUUCUGGAUUAGGUAUUACUGCUGGAGCUCAUAGACUUUGGUCACAUAGAUGUUAUAAAGCUAAACUUCCUCUUAGAAUAUGUUUAAUGUUUUUUAACUCAAUGGCAAUUCAAAAUGAUAUUAUUGAAUGGUCUCGUGAUCAUAGAUGUCAUCACAAAUGGACUGAUACUGAUGCUGAUCCACAUAAUAUUAACAGAGGAUUCUUCUUCUCACAUAUGGGAUGGUUAUUAGAAAAAAAACAUCCAAAAGUUAAAGAAAUGGGUACUAAAUUAGAUCUUACUGAUCUUUUUAAUGAUCCAGUCUGUGCAUUCCAAAGAAAAUAUUAUUUCCCAUUAGUCAUAUUUAGUUGUUUUGUUUUCCCAACAUGGGUAGCUGUUGCUGGAUGGGGUGAAUCAGCUUUUUAUGCAUUUUAUACAGCUGGAGUUUUUAGAUAUGUUUUUACAUUACAUGCAACAUGGCUCAUUAAUUCUGCUGCACAUACCUUUGGUUACAAACCAUAUGAUGCUUCAAUUUCACCAGUAGAAUCAGUUUGGACAGAUGUCUUAGCUAUUGGUGAAGGUGGUCAUAAUUUUCAUCAUACAUUUCCACAAGAUUAUAGAGCAUCUGAAUAUGGAUAUGAACUUAAUAUCACAAAAUUAUUUAUUGAUUUUAUGCAAAUGAUUGGACAAGCUUAUGAUUGUAAAACAGUUACAGAAGAAGUCAUUGUUCGUCAAUCUGCCAACAAAGGUGAAUGCCCAAGACUUAACGCAUCAAAAAAAAAUAAUUAA